UAAAUGGUUUUGUUUAUUUUUUGUGGGUUUGUGCAGAGUGUGACGGUGCAUGAGUUAGACCUCUCACUGGACAUGGGUGAAUGAGUGUUCACAGGACAGGGAUGGCAGCUUGCCUCUUGCUUGUACUGAACUGAAAAUAAUGAAUUAUUAUCCCUGAAUACAGCAAUGUAAUGGUGCCAGGGUUAUGCUUAGAACACUAAAAAAGUAACAAGAUGACUUCACAGAGAAAAAAAUGGCAAAUCAUAAUGGGGGUGAAAGGGAAGUGUAAUCACACUUGGAUUUGCAGAAGUCCAAGGGCAGGAGGAUGGUGUGGACACAAACGGUGAAUUUCUGCAGGGGUGGAUGUGUGGUACCUCCAGCGCAGCCACCCAGGCUCACAGCAGGCCUGGGCACAGAUGGGAGAUUCCCAGCUCCCCUGCAAGGCAGGUGCCUGUUCCUCUUUCCACCCUACAGAGGAGAGAAGAAAGGCUUUGCCUCAGCUCUAAGAUUUUGCCAUCUCACUUUGGUGUUUCUACACUCCAGAAGCUGGAACCGCCUACUCCAGACAACAGUUUCGGUUUGACCAAAGGGUGUUUUCCCUGCCUGGAACAGGGUGAGAUUUUCCCAGCCUGCACACUCAGUGUUUUCACAGCGUGUCCUGAGCUGACCUCAGUCACUUGGAGAGCUCAGUGGAUCACAGCCUGUGACUGCAGUAGCUGCAGGCGGAGAGUAGCCAAGCAACACUCAACUGGAUUGGGAAAUAAAAACACAGAGCACUUCAAAACUGGUGUGACACCAGGCAUGGGGUCAGUGUCACACCCCCGUGGGAGCGAAGGACCGGAGAUCAAUCAGCAUCGUGCUGUAGGAGGAAGGAAACUUUGCCUGCAGCUGAGCUGGAAACCCCCCGUGCUCUUUGGCAAUGGCUGACUGGGCCCCCAUCGCGAAGGAGUACGACCCCCUCAAGGCUGGCAGCAUCGAUGGCACGGACGAGGAGCCCCACGACCGGGCCAUAUGGCGGGCGAUGCUGGCGCGGUACGUACCCAACAAGGGCGUCACGGGAGACCCUCACCUCACCCUCUUCGUGGCCAGGCUCAAUCUUCAGACCACAGAAGAGAAGCUAAAGGAGGUUUUUUCCCGCUAUGGAGACAUCAGAAAGAUCCGUCUGGUUCGAGACCUGGUCACGGGGUUUUCCAAGGGUUAUGCGUUUAUUGAGUACAAAGAGGAGCGUGCGCUGCUGAAGGCCCACAGAGAUGCCAACAGGCUGGUCAUCGACCAGCAUGAGAUCUUUGUAGACUUUGAACUGGAAAGAACUCUCAAAGGAUGGAUUCCCCGGAGGCUUGGGGGUGGGUUUGGAGGCAAAAAAGAAUCCGGGCAGCUGCGGUUCGGAGGACGGGACAGACCUUUCCGAAAGCCCAUCAAUUUGCCAAACAUGAAGAACGAUUUCUAUGGAGAAGGAUCAUCAGAGAAAAGAAACUGGUCUCGUGAGGGAACGAGGGACUGGAGAACGAGGGACCGGGACCACGAGAGGAGCAGGGACAAACGCUGGCCUGAAAGGGAGAGGUCGUGGGCUUGGGGUGACAGUGAGAGAGACUCCAAAGAGGAGAGGAGCAGGGGGAGGGAAAGGAAGGACAGAGACAGGAGGGACAGGGAUAGAGACCGCAGCAGGGACAGAGACACCAAGAAGCAGAGAGAUGAUGAUAAGCACCGAUAGGUGACCGUGCCUUGUCCUUGGGGCUGUGACAGCACUCCCAGAGCAAGCUGUGGUGCUGCACCUUGUGCCUGUGACUCUGCUGCCAGCAGCUCUCUAUGGUUUGGUUCCUGCUGCAGUUCAGAUGUGUGUUGGAUUGUUCUUUAGAGAAAAUAAAUUUUGUAUUAUUGUUUUUGAACUGGUGACUGCUGUAAGAAAUGCACCGUGUGUAGAGCAUCCCCCUCAGCUGAGCACACACCUUGUCUGGCUGCCUGGGUGAGGAGUUAUCUGUGUGCCAGGUGUCCACAUUUGUUAUGAAACAGUCCCUGCUGGAGACACAAGAAUGGAAUAGCAAACUUCUGUGCCCCAAAACAGAAGCUGAUGGGAUGUGGCUUCAUUUUUGUGAAGACACUGGGACAAGCAAGACCUUUAUUGAUACUGUGUCCUUAACUAGUUCUGCCAGGUGAGAGAGAAACAUGGAACCAAUCCACUGUCUGUGACAUGGGAGGAUGAAGCUCCUUUGUGCAGAGGAACGUGCACCUCAGGACAGUGAGCACGUCCUGAAAUGCCUCUUGUUCCUGAUGAAUCCAUGGAGAGUCACUGAAGGAGGGUGUCAUGGGUAAAUGUGGUUGCAGCUGCAUCCACUGUGUCCUCACCCUUCUACACAGGGUUUAAAUCCAUUCUGGAAACUGGGCUUGCUGCUGGGUGUAGCUCAAUGGGGGAAAAAGGGCUAAAUAUCUUUUUCAGGACUAGAUGUGUGAAUACAGACACACCUCUUCCAUUCAGGAGCUUACUGUACUUUCUAGAAAAGGUUCUGUCACAUUCUUUGUCAUCAUAAGCCAUUCCUAAAUAUAUAAUGUAUUUUAAAUUGUAUUUCAUCAGUCUUGGAAUGGCUCUGUCCUAAACCUUGUCUGGUUGGGGCUGUAUUUCCAUGAAGUUGUACACAGAUCCAUAAGCUGCAUCCCCAAGAAUGGAUGGUAUUACUUUCUACCAAAAAAAAAAGACACAAGUCUUGCAGAAAUACAUAUUUUUCAGAAAUAUUUAUUAAACUGUUAAAAUGAUUUACUGCCCAACCAAAAAAAAAAUAAACCAACCCAAAAAAUGUCAGUGAUCCUGCACUUGGCAGGCAGGAUUGUUACACCCCUAACCUGCCAGCAUCCUGGCCCCUUUUCUAAAAGCAGAUUUUCCUUGAAUAUUGACAAACAAUACACGACAGAUCUUCAGAUCUUUACAAGCUUCCCUCUGUGCCAUCCUGCCUGACAGCACUGGGGUGUGUGAAUGCAGCAUUGCAAAAUGAGAACGAGUGGUUAAUGCCAGCAGGUCAGGAGGGGCCGUGAGGGGUUGAGGUAAUGCUGCAGAGAUGUGGGGAAGGCUGUCCUGCCUCUGCAGUUGGUGUUGGCUGCAGAGCUGGCCUGACACAGCCCCAGGCUGGCCUGGAGAAUUCCUUUGUGCUGCUUAGGCUGGGUCUGUGCAGCUCCAUUAUCCCAGCUCGUUGCUCUCAGCUGAUUUCCAAAGGGAUCUGCUUACUCAGGCCCAGGUUCCUGCAUUGUUCCUGCUCACUGCAUCCCUUCUGAAUGAGCCACACGACUCGGGACAGACUCGAUGGGGUCAUCCACAAUUUCACUGCCUGAUGUGACUGGACUGCACUUUUUGUUUUCUUGUAUGGAAGUGAAGACAGAUCUUGGCAAUUUAAAUUACGACAGUCACCCCAUUUAAGAGCUGCCUUUCACAGGAGGGGAGAAGUGCUGCUGUUUUAAGGAUGUUACCAAAACAUCAGCAGGCAAAACCACAUCUACCCCACACCCAUGUUGGACUCUGAUCACCAUGUCCCAUAUAAGGCCACAUGUCCCCCCUGCCCCAAGCUCCAGUGACAC